ACGAAACGUUUUCUUCCUUUUUUUAAUAACUCUAACAUGGUCAGACCUCAGCAGCGAUAUCGAGGCGUCCGACAGAGGCAUUGGGGUAGUUGGGUCUCUGAAAUUCGCCACCCACUUUUGAAGACUAGAAUUUGGCUGGGCACAUUCGAAACGGCGAAGGACGCUGCUCGGGCCUAUGACGAGGCGGCGAGGCUCAUGUGUGGUCCGAGGGCGAGAACCAACUUCCCUUACAAUCCGAACGCUCCUAGUUAUUUGUCUUCCAAGCUUCUUUCAGCUACUUUAACGGCCUUUUAUAUUUAG